CCCACCCGGUACGGAAAUAAAAAAAAGAAUUUUAGUUGGAUUGGAUUCUCUAAUUUCUUCAAGUUUGAAUUUAAUGAGCGAUUUGGAAUUUGCUGUGCAAUUUUUAUUCACAUUUUGUGUUAUGUUUCUUUUGGUUUAGUUUCUAGUUAUUGUGCCGACAUUGACACAGAGAUUUUGGUUGCCGCUACAUUUAUAACCUAACGUUUACACAUCGUAUUUAAGACAAUAACUCAAGCGAAAUGGAAUUUUCUGAAGCCAUUCCUAUAACUUUUAAAGAAAUAACGCCAAAUUAUAAUAUUCCUGAAAAAUGGAAAGAAGUGAUGUUAAACACAGGAGGCACACACAGUACUUUACAAGAUAUCAAAUUACCUCAAAAAGCUGGGGGAUAUUGGUAUAUGGAUUCAAAGAAAGUUAAUAUAAGAAAUAGAUUUUUGUACUGGCAAACCACAUCAGAUGCAAUAGAGAUAUCAGAGUCAUCUCUAGACACAAACCUGACAGGAUCACAUUUAAGAUGUAAAGUGGCUCCUGGCACACCACCUUUGAGUAACAUAAUGGCAUAUGAAAGACUGAGUACCAAGGAAGUUACCAUUUUAGCUGCCACUGUGUCUUCUGUACAUCGACUGAUCUUUCCUCACCCUGAAUCUUUUGAUAAAAAGUCAACUUUUGGAUCUAUGAGUACAUCAUCACCAUCAAUUUUCCAUGAUACAAGUUCCAUAAAUAAUCCUAACAAUUAUUGUAUCCUGAAUCAGUAUUCUAAUGCCACAUCUGGUGUAGCACACACCUGUGCAUCACUAUUACGAGACAAUGGUGAGGCGGUGUUUGCACUAGCAUUUGGCUAUGGUGGAGAAGGAGGGUUGCUGCUUGUUAAAUUGCCCAUAUCAGGAAAUGCAGUCAUUACAGUAUUGAAAAGAGAGUCCACUGUCCCACGAUUUCUAUCAGGAAUUACUGGAGCUUUGAGAGGCAAGAGCGCAGCAGAUGGAGUGGAGACGUACGGCGUGAUUCUCACUCACAGUUUAGCCGUGGCAAUCUGUGGGGAUGCUUGCUUACGCGCAUGGUCGCUGGACGACGGCGGGUCGCCUGUGGCAGUGUCGCCACCGCUCUCACAGACGUUAGUUCGACCCAAACCUCCGCCGCAUGGGCAUAUGCUACAAAAAACCAGUGGGCCAGAUGGCAGUAUAAUAUUGGUUGCGUAUUUAUCCUUUCCGAAUGAGUGCGAAUUUGUUGUCAUGAAAAUGCACGACGCAGGCGCCGGUGCAGUGAGAUUUUCGCAUAUUUGCAGACUGUUUGGACCACAGCUUGACCUGCUGGAUUAUGCUAUUGGGUAUGGAGAUGGCAACAAUGUUAUUUGGGCGUUAUGGAGUCAACCAGAUGGAGAAACUGUUAUCACCAGUAGCUGUGCAGGCGUGGAGGCGUCGUGGCGCGCCGUGGGUCGCAAUGAGGCGUUGCCGCCGCUGCCGACGUUGGGCUCGCCGCGACUGUACCGCGAACGGCUGCUCGCGCCAGGCCUCUUCCCACCGGCUGUGAUCAGCAAGGCCUUACUUAUAUACAGACGAACGUGGGGCAACAACGAGACGAGCAUCGAAGGCGACCUGGGCGAGGCGGCCGCCAGCGCCGUGCAGGCCCGGCUGCGGCAGCUGGCCGCGCGCGCCGCCGCGCCCGACCACGCCCAUCUCAUGCACAAAUGUUGGUCCGACUUGUACAGUUGGUGUGUACAGUAUAUGGAAGGUUUACAGAAACCACUGGGACUAAUGGUAUCCCAACAUCAUAACUCUAUGGAAGAGAGUGAAGGUGGUUGGUGGUGCGGAGUGGUGCGUCGCGCGGGCAUCUCACUUGUACGCGAACUCGAGCCGCUCGAGCGAAUGAUGUGUGAGCAGGACGACGAUAGCGGCAAAGUGCCUGCCGACAGCGAGUGCGCGCUAUCCACAGACGCGAUGCGCGUGGUGUGCGCGGGCGCACAGUGGGAGCGUGCGGCGACGCCGAGCGGCGCGGCCGAACUGGAGCGGAGACUGUUCGCGUGCUGCGCCGUGCAGCACCGCCUGCUGCCCCGGAUGCUGCACCUGCUGCUCUCCGCCGACGUGGACGACACCAACUCCACGAUUCUGACACCGCAACAAGUGGACGAACUGACAGCCAUUUUGGAACCCAUCAAAGAUCUCCAAAGCGCGGUGCUCGAGUUGAACGACGCUCUAAGACUAGACGUACCUGAAAUUGAUUCUAAAGAUGAUGAUGAAGAAUACAGCGAUUAUGACAACCUGUUCUCAAGUGAUUUAGGAGUUUCUAUCGUCACUGAAGCAAUUCGACAAAUGGCAGAAAUGAGGUCGCGCGUGGCCCGCGGCGCGCUGGCGGCGCUGGGCGCGGCGCGCGGCGCGGGCGGCGCGCCGGGCGCGGGCCACUGCGCCGUGCACUGGCAGGCCUACCGCGCGCUGCUGUGGCUGCGCGCCGCCGCGCUGCGCCCCGCGCCGCACGCCAUCUCAUCAAACUCUUUGGAAGCGUUCCGUCUCAAGUUAAGCGUGUUGGGAGCAGAACCUUGCACUUUACCGCAGUCCCGGGGCGGGGGCGCGGAGGGGGCGAUGGCGGCGUACGUGCGGGGGGCGGGGGGGCGCCGCGCUCGGGCACAUCUGGCGGCUGCGCGCGCGCCGCUACAUUGGCAUCAAGCGCUGCCGCUGUUUACGUACCAUCUAGCUCAUCAAUUAUGGGCAGUGAGCGGCGGAUUUGAAUUCGGAUGGUGGCUGGCGACGAUAAACCAACCUCAAUUGGUGCAAAGCUACGUCGCCAUGUUGGAGCCCUGGUGCGAGUGGAACGCCUGCUCUCGGCAGUUCAUCCUAGGACUGGCGCUCCUAGAUUUAGAAGACGUGGAGGGCGCGUAUACUGCCUUCUGCAAGGCGGCCAAGGGUGUUAGUACAGAGCCCUUCCUCAGGCAACUUGUAGCCGCGACCGACACGCAUCUCACGCAACAUCAGGCGCUAGUCUUGUAUUAUAUGAAGGUGAUAAAGCUGUUCGAGAUACACGACGCCGGCGCAUGUGUGGUGCGACUAGCCGAGACCGCCAUCAGUAUCGCCGAUAAGGAUGAUCCAAAUUUGCCGAUGUUCCAGUGGCUGGUGUUCAAGUGGCACCUGUCGGGCGGGCGCGUGCAGCGCGCGCUGGGCGCGGCGGCCGCCAACCCCGCGCCCGCCGCGCGCGCCGCCGCCGCCGCCACGCUGCUCACCACGCUCGCUCAACGCAAGCAGCUGAGUGCGUUAGUGUCGUGCGGCGUGCUAGCGGCCGAGGCAGAGCGCGCCGCCGCUCAACGCGCUAAACUGGCCGACGCGCACCAAAACAACCCCUACUACGACUUCCUGUAUGCGCUGCAUGUUUCCCGCCACCAUUACAGGAAAGCGGCCGCCGUGAUGUACGAGCGCGCGGCGCGGUGUGCGGCGGAGCGCGGCGAGGCGGGCGCGGCGCGGCGUGGCUGGCUGGCCGCCGCGCUCACGUGCCUGCGGCUCGCGCGGCCCGAGCACGCCUUCCUGGCCAGGCCCGAGCCCGACGCCGGCCUGCAGGUCAUUGGGCCAGAAGAAUUAGCUGCCGAGUUGCGUGAAGAAGACCCAGAUUCGUUGGAUCCAGUGCAAAAAGCAUUGAUAAAGAACGAAAACAUAGAUUUUGAUAAGUUAUACCCGCGUUUGAAAGAGGCCGAUGCCGAGACAUUGCUGUUGGUGACGAAGAGAAUAGUAAGCACAGGCCAAUUUAUGCCCCACUGGUUUCUUCAGAGGUACAUGGAGGUGGACGGCGCCGGCUGCGUGCGCGCUCUGCUGCACGGCGGGCGCUGCGCGGAGGCGGCGGCGGCGUGCUGCGCAGUGUUGCGGCGGGCGUUGUCUCGGCUGCACGUGCCUACACCCGCCGCCGCGCCGCUGCACCUCGCAGACUUGCUGCUCGCCGAGCUCGCGCACAACACGCACCAUGCGCCGCUCAAACAGGUUUAUGAGGAACUUGAUCUUCUCGUCAAAGAAUACACUCAAGUAGUUAUACGAACUUCAGAAGACAUGAAAACCUUUUGAUUUCUGUAAAAGUGAUAAUAAUAUAGUUGAGCAGUUUUCAUAAAUUAAAUGCUAUUUCGAUG